UAACCCCAUAUUAUUCUAUGGUCGUAACCUCAAAAUCAAUUUAUAGUACUAAAUAUGUAAACAAUAAAUCCAUCAGGGUAUUAUUAUGAGAUCAAUUAAAAUUCAAUGCGUUUUAGUUAUAUUCGCAGCAUUGUUAAUUCGUUGCGUAAUUUUUGGAAAUAACUCAAAGAAUCACACAAACAAUUGGGCCGUAUUGGUAGAUACAAGUAGAUUUUGGUUCAAUUACAGGCAUGUGGCCAAUGUUUUAUCUAUUUAUCGCAGUGUCAAAAGGCUAGGUAUUCCCGACAGCCAAAUAAUCUUAAUGAUAGCUGAUGACAUGGCUUGUAAUCCACGUAAUCCUAGACCUGCUACUGUUUUCAAUAACGCGAAUCAACAUAUCAAUGUCUAUGGGGAUGAUGUGGAAGUUGAUUACAGAGGAUAUGAGGUAACUGUCGAAAAUUUUGUUAGACUCUUGACUGGUAGAUUGCCACCUGGUACUCCAAGGUCGAAACAACUUCUCACUGACGAAGGAAGCAAUGUUUUGAUAUAUUUAACAGGACAUGGUGGAGAUGGAUUUCUUAAAUUUCAAGAUUCAGAGGAAAUUACAAGUCAGGAAAUGGCAGAUGCCUUAGAACAAAUGUGGCAAAAGCAGAGAUACCAUGAGGUAUUCUUUAUGAUAGACACCUGUCAGGCAGCUUCCAUGUAUGAAAGAUUCUACUCCCCAAAUAUUUUGGCAGUUGGCAGUAGCAUGGUUGGUGAGGACUCACUUUCACAUCAUGUUGAUCCUGCUAUAGGAGUAUACAUAAUAGACAGAUAUACUUAUUAUGCCUUAGAAUUUUUGGAGAAACUAGAUCCUCAAAGUAAUCGAUCCAUGGCAGAAUUUUUGAAAGUAUGUCCGAAGAGUGCUUGCAUCUCAACUGUGGGUGUAAGAAAAGACCUAUUUUCAAGAAAUCCCGGUAUGGUCCCAAUAACAGAUUUCUUUGGUUCUGUUAGACCUGUAAAAUUAUUUGAACAUAUUGAAGAAGUAAAUCUAUCAAAACCAUUGCAGAAACAAUAUGUGCCACCUUUGAACCCCAAAAAAUAUGCAUUUCUUCCUGUGUUAGAUAGUUUUAGUAGUAUAUAAUAUAUAAAUAAUGUAAGAAAUUUGAUGUUAGAAACAUUAGACAGUAGCACCAAUCUGUGAAAAGGAAAUAAACAUUUUAUUGGCUAAUUACUCUCAAUUAUAAUAUUCCAUUAUAAUUUCAGUAUAAAAAUCAGGAUCACAAUAAAAUCAGUAAUUUUAUGCAGCAGUAAAUACAAUCUAGGAAGGCUAUGAUUUUUUAUAAUCAAAUAUCUAAAUAAUUUCAAUUCUCUUGAGA